AUGGCGGCCUUCCACCAGAUCGCUCCCGUCUAUCUGGCUGCAGUGCUGGAAUACCUGACUGCUGAGAUCCUGGAGUUGGCUGGAAACGCUGCUCGUGAUAACAAGAAGACCAGGAUCAUCCCCCGCCAUCUGCAGCUGGCUGUCCGCAACGACGAGGAGCUCAACAAACUGCUUGGCGGAGUUACCAUCGCUCAGGGCGGUGUUCUUCCUAACAUCCAGGCUGUGUUGCUGCCCAAGAAAACCGAGAAGGCUACCAAGACCAAGUAAAGCACCUCCACUGAACCAAUAAACCCAACGGCUCUUUUAAGAGCCACCCACACCAUCUAAAGAGAAACAUUCUUUUAAUAUUUGACUGCUGAACGUGGUCUAAUUGUCCCUAAUGGUUAAAUACAAAUGAUUUCCCACAUUUCACUUUUCUGAUCUGAUCUACUGUAUUUUCUAAUUGUGUUCUGCCUGUCCAGAAUUAGAUAUAUAUGUAUAAAAGUGUGUAUGUGUGUGUUUAGAGCCGGCAGGCAAUGUUCAACAUCUCUUCAGAUGGAAGGCUUGUUAUGCAGCAGCUUCUGGUGUCAGGAACCGUUUUAAAACGUGUCUAAAU